UAUAAGAAGUGCGAAUAAUGUUGAUCGAGAUCAGUACAACUGCAAAUGAUAUAACGAAGUAAAUUAUAUAUGGUUUUUGUAAUAAACUACGUAUAUGAUUCUGUUGGCACAAUAUUUUCACUGAAUAAUCACUAUAAAAGUUUCAGAAUGAAGGUAUUUGUUAUCGCUACACUCUUGAUGUUAAUCAUCGUCUCUGCUAAUGGUGAAACUAAUGAAGACAAUGAUAAAGAUGGUGAAUCCCAUUCGUAUUCCUAUGCGAUUAAGGAUGAUGGUACAAUUGAGUACCAUGAAAACAAUAAUACUAAACCUGGAGAAAGUUGGAGCUGGAGUUGGAGUACUGGAAAUGGUUCAAAUGGAAAUGGUGAUGGUUGGCGUGGUGGAGGUGGUGGAGGAGGAGGAGGUUCUUGGAAUGGAGGACCAAAUGGUGGUGGCUGGAAUAGCAUAUUCAAAAACAAAUUAAGACCUGCAUAGACAAAAAAAACUUAAAUAAUGUCAAUAGAGGCUUUUGAUAACUAAAUUGUUUUAAAAAAAAAAAUUAUUCAUUUCCUUUAAUUUUAAAUUGUUUUUUGUUCAUUGAUAACCAUAAACCGUGUAUGUAUUGUAGUAUUAGACGGCAAGAAACAAAAGCGAAGAAGACAAUAAAAUGAUAAAAA